AUGGGCCUCCUUUCUAUGCAGCAUCCUCCCCACCAGCAACAGCAAGGUCAUCCACCUACGCAGCAUUUGCAUCAUUCUCGACCGCCUAGCAUAGUUCAUCAGCAGCAUCCUGGCCAAGCUCACCAACAGCAACAAUCCAGUCAUCAUAGCGGCUACCACCCGCCAGCGCAGUCCCUUCCUUCCGCGUAUCAACAAGGAAAUCAACCCGGCAACACGCAGGAUAACCUAAACUAUUAUAAUCAUCCUAGUCCCUACAGCACACCUGGUGCAACGAGCGGAUAUACUUCCGCCGACACACCCGAUAUGAUGGCUGCAGCGCAGAUGCCGCGACCGCCCUACCCGCCGAUGUCGUAUCAUACGCCGCAGUCCAACUCUCCGGCAUCAGUCGCAUCGCCUUCUCAGCAUGACCAGCACCGAAGCAUCUAUGGCCAAGCGCCUUCGCAACACAUGCCCCAGUCCAUGUACUACCAGCCGCAGCCGUCAUACCAGUCUAUGCCGACCCAAGCCUCACAUUCCCCUUACGGCCAUCAUGCUCAUCAUCCGCAGCAGCCAAUGACUUCGCAAGCCAACCUAAUGAUGUCUCACACGGCCGCGCCGAAUCAAAUGCAACAGCACGCCCCCCAGCACACACAAGCUAGCAUGACAAGCAGCCCCAGACCAAAGAUCGAGCCUCAGGUUCCUCUGCAAAUGCAGAAACAGCCCCAGGGUUCCCCAAUGUCCCAGGCAAGCCACCAGCAACAACCGCCCCAGAUGCAGAGCCCUGGUAGUCACAGUGCGGCGGUCAAUCCUAACGCGGCUCCCGGUCCCAUUCCUGCCACCACACCGCUUGUCGUGAGGCAAGAUGGCAACGGUGUUCAGUGGAUUGCUUUUGAGUAUUCGCGCGAUCGAGUCAAGAUGGAAUAUACCAUUCGCUGCGACGUCGAGUCUGUAAAUACAGACGAGUUGACGGCCGAUUUCAAACAAGAAAAUUGUGUCUAUCCUCGCGCUUGUUGCCCUAAGGAUCAGUAUCGUGGCAACCGACUGAUGUAUGAGACGGAUUGCAACCGUGUCGGCUGGGCUCUUGCCCAGUUGAAUGCGCCUCUGCGUGGCAAACGGGGCUUGAUCCAGAGAGCAGUCGACAGUUGGCGCAAUAGCAACCAAGACCCCCGUCUACGAAGUCGCAGAGUACGCAGGAUGGCGAAAAUGAACAAUCGCAAACAGUCGCAGGGCCCGGCUCAUCCGCCCACCGCCCAUAUGCCUAGCCAUGGGCCACCUCCAGGUUUGCCGAACGGCCCUGGCUCUAUGGGACCUAGCCCUACACCGACGAUGGACAGCAAGCCAAGCCUGGCAAGCAUGGGCCAGCCAAUGCAUCACCAUCAUGCAGGCGGUCAUCCCGGAGCCGCCGCUGGAGGAGAUGAAGUCGCUGACAGCGACUCGCAUGAAAACACUCUCCCAUACCCGACCUGUGGCGAAGAAACAACAAACUCUCAAGACGUACGCACUGCCCAUGUCUUCACUGGAUAUAGUGGUCAUAGUUAUCCUUCUGCCACACCUGAUGGUGCCGUAUCCUCUCACACGCCUCGUACAGGGUCCGCUGUGCUGGCGAAACAACGGAGCCGUGGCCCUGCUGAUGACCAAAAUGGUCUCUUUCCCGAUCUUCCGGAGGCAAGGAAGCGCAAAUUCGUGCUCGUGGAAGAUAGCAGGCGCGGCUCUCGGCUUCGCGUCCGGGUGACACUUGACGGAGUCGAUACCAACGAAAUUCCAGACAGUUUUCGAACGCGCGUCAGCGUGUAUCCGCGUAGCUUCUUCCCUCGAGAAAUGCAAAAUCCACCGCCGAACGCUCUCGGAGCACAAAUCUUCUCAGAUGAUGCGUCGGAUGAUGCCAUACAGGAUACGGACGGGCGUGAUAUACCCUUACCGGACAGUCAGGACGGCGAGAUCCUGGUUCCCAAUAUGAAAAGGUCAAGACGCGCAAGGGAAUUGAAACUCAACGACAUGGGCCACCGUAUGGCCUGGCUGCAGAGUCGAGUCUUCUCAGGCAGAAACUUAUUUUUGCAACGCGCCUUGGAUUGCUACCGCAUCAAAACCUGCGCUGCUAUUGAAGGCAACAUGCAAGAUGUUCGAGCUAGUGCCGCCCACUUUGAGUUGCGUACAGGCAAACGCAGAUGGGUUGACCGUAGCCGCCGCGGCACCGAUAGGUUGACAGACUGA